GGGGAGGAAGGGGACGAGUCUGAAGGAGUGGGGCUGGGGUGGGACGUGGAUCAGAUUAUGCAGCCGCAUGUGUUGCUGUAGUAUAUACAGAGAGGGAAAUAGAGGAAUGAGAAGAAAGGAUAGAGUGAGUGAAUAGACGGAAUUAAAGGACAAGGAUAUUGAGAAACACAAAGACAAGAAAUCUCAUCAAGCGCAAUGUGACAGUGAGUGAGGGAGAAGGGAGAGAAAAUGAGUGAUUUAAAAGUUAAACAGAGGAUAGACCAGCCAGGAUAAAGGCAAGUGAGAAAGGAAGUAAGAAGGAGUAAAAAAAAAGAGUUAAGGAAGAAGAACAGAGAUAGAAUAGUUUGCAGGGGGGAUAGACAAGGGGCUAUAAAGACACAGGGCAUAGAGUACAAAAGAGAAUAUAUGCAAUGCCUACCUGGAGAGAGCAUAAGAAGCAACUAAGACUGAGAAGCAGAAUUGACAGUUCUCCCAGAAUCCUCUUUUCUGCCCUACUCAUGCCAGCCUGGACAACUUUCACCUUAAGGCUUAUGCUGGUUAUAAUGCCAAGCCUUGUCAUGGGUCACCCGCAGUGUUUGGAUUACAAGCCCCCUUUCCAGCCCUCCCAACCUCUGGAUUUCUGCUCAGUCUAUUCCUCUUUUGGAUGCUGUGACUCUGCUCAGGAUGAGGCAAUAGCCAGCAGGUACCAUUAUAUCACAGAUUUCCUGGAUCACUCGGGGGUCGCAGCCUGUGGGGAUUAUAUUCGGGACAUCUUGUGCCAGGAAUGUUCCCCAUAUGCUGCUCAUUUAUAUGAUGCCGAAGAUGCCAACACUCCACUUCGUGAUGUUCCAGGACUGUGCGGCAAUUACUGCAUGGAAUUCUGGCACCAUUGUCGGAACACCCUUAGCCUGAUUAUUGAGGACAAGGAUGUGACGGAGUUAGAGGGCGACCUUGGGAAGUUCUGUAGCUUCCUGACUCUAGAUGAUGUCAACUAUUGUUACCCUAAUGUCCUUACUAAUGCAGAGCUUAACAGUGGCUUAGGGGAUGUAAAAGAGGAUGAAGAGGGUUGUCUUCAUCUCUGUUUACAAGAGAUUGCAAAUGGACUUCGUAAUCCAGUAGCUAUGGUCCAUGCCAAUGACGGGACACAACGCUACUUCAUAGCUGAACAGGUGGGCUACGUAUGGGUUUAUCUUCCUAAUGGGUCACGAGUUGACAAGCCAUUUCUCAAUGUCUCCAAAGCUGUACUUACCUCCCCCUGGGCAGGAGAUGAGAGGGGAUUCCUGGGAAUUGCCAUGCAUCCAGAUUUCCGUCAUAAUGGAAAGUUCUAUGUCUAUUACUCAAUUUAUGCCAAAAGGGAGGAGAAAAUAAGGAUUUCUGAAUUCCAUGUGUCCACUGAUGAUGUCAACAUGGCUGACCACAUGUCAGAACGGGUAAUUCUAGAGGUGACUGAGCCGGCUUCUAACCACAAUGGAGGGCAGAUUCUCUUUGGCAUAGACGGAUACCUGUACAUUUUUACAGGGGAUGGGGGCCGAGCUGGAGACCCCUUUGGAGAGUUUGGAAAUGCCCAAAAUAAGUCUUCCCUUCUUGGGAAAGUUCUUCGAAUCAGUGUGAAUGGGAAUGAAAAGGGGCCCCCAUACCGCAUCCCACCUGACAAUCCUUUUCUGCGGGAACGUGGUGCAAGAGCAGAGGUGUUUGCCUAUGGUGCCAGAAAUAUGUGGCGUUGCUCAGUGGACAGAGGUGACCCAGUAACCGGCACUGGACGUGGAAGAAUCUUUUGUGGGGAUGUAGGACAGAACAAGUUUGAAGAAGUGGAUCUCAUUCAGAAAGGGGGCAAUUAUGGCUGGAGGGCAAAGGAAGGCUUUUCCUGUUAUGACAAAAAUUUGUGCAGUAAUUCCUCUCUCGAUGACAUAUUGCCCAUAUUCGCCUAUCCACACUCUGUGGGAAAGUCUGUGACAGGAGGCUAUGUCUACAGGGGCUGCCAGAUGCCCAACCUGAAAGGGCUAUAUAUCUUUGGGGAUUUCAUGAGUGGGCGCCUGAUGUCUCUUAAAGAGGACAGGAAUGAGGCACAGUGGCAUUACACAGAAAUCUGCAUGGGGCAAGCAGUGACCUGUAACUUUCCCAAACUUAUCAACACCUACUUCCCCUAUAUUAUAUCAUUUGGAGAAGAUGAGGCAGGUGAACUAUAUUUCCUGUCCACUGGAACACCCAGUGCUGCCGUUGCUGCAGGAGUCAUGUAUAAAAUAGUGGAUCCAUCAAAGAGAGCAGCACCGGGAACAUGUUCUAGCAAUCCUCGGCCAGUGGCAGUGAAUGGGAAACUUGUGGAUUUUUAUCCAACACAAAAGCUUAUCCUAAAAUCUGAUAGUGUUACUACAAACACCAUCCCAACAACUGCUCCAAGCAGAGAAGAAAAGACAUUCAGUUUUACAACAGAGCCUUACCAUACCACCAGGCGGUACCGUAAUAAUGCCUUUGAGACAACCACAGCCCUAACAUACUUAACUGUUACUCCUCUCCCUAAACCAACCACCACUCAAAAAGGCAUAAUGCAGACCACAAAGACAGGGAACACCAAACCAGUGAGUAGGAAGGGAGGAAAAAAAGUAACUACAACAAAGUCACCAGCGAUAGCACAACAGAAACCCACUAUGGACCGGAACAACCCUGAUCUGUAUACCUACACCACCAAAAGAACAUUCUACCCAACACAUAUACCUCAUAUUAUCACCACCACACAACAGCAAAGGAGGAAUCAAAAGGAGAGUAACAAAAAUGAAGUCAAUAAACUUAACAACACAACUCAUACAAGGAAAAGAAUUCUAAAGAAGCAAAAGAUCAAGAUCAAAAAGAAAAUCAAACACGGAACUAUGCGUUUGAUUAAUGAGGAAAAUCUUCCAGACAGAGGUAGAGUUGAGAUUCAUAUCAAUGGUGAGUGGGGCACAGUCUGCAAUGAUAAAUUUGAUAGUCAGGCUGGGGCUGUGGUAUGCAAACAGCUAGGAUACCCAUUUGUAUUGAAGGUGGCCAGGAGAGCUGAAUUUGGGGAAGGCAAUGGACUGAAAAUUCUGCUUGACGAGGUCAGGUGUGAGGGGUGGGAGAAAACUCUUUUGGAUUGUAGGCGAUCAAAAAUAGGGCAGCAUGACUGCACCCAUGAGGAAGAUGUUGGAGUUGUCUGUGGAAUGAGGGAGAUGGAUGAGGAGGAAGAGUUAUCAUAAACAUAAAAAUAAAAAAUGUGUUUGUUACAGUAGGAAUAUAAAACUUUGUAUAUCUCAGGAACUUUUGACAAGCAAUAACUGGAAAGACUUGAGCUUUCUUUUUCUACUAAGUGAAGUAAAUAGCAAGACAUUCUGUGCAAAAUCUUUACUUUGCCACAUAACAUAACUAUCUGCUCAUCCAAAACGUGACUUAAAGUGGAGAAGCCCUCAGAAGGUCUAAAGAUGAAGUCAUAUGCAGUCGUUGCAGUAAAAAUCUGCCAUACAGAAAUCCUUUUCUUUAAAACUCCUUGUUAGGAAAGAGUGUAAAAUAAGUGUAGAAUUCAUUAAAAAAGUGAAAUCAAACUACUUGCCAUAUAUGUUAUAUACAGUUUGCUACACAACUAAAAUAAAUACUUUUGGCUUCACAAAUUUUAACACAAGCACUUCUAAUAGUUAAUCAUGCCAUAUAAUUAUUAUCUCAUUAUGUGUAGAGGUUACAUGAAAUGCUUAGUACGUUAGAUGACUAUUUGCCAUGUGAAAAGAAAUCAUUGAGUUUAGGAAAAGGGUAAAUGUUUAUAUUUCUUGGGAACUACAGCAAUGUAUCCUGGCCAUUUUAUACAGUAUUUAUGCCGAGGCAGGGGGACCUGUAAAUAUUGUCUGCCCUCAAGCAAGUGGUAAUUAUAGGGCAUUUUGCAGUUAAUGCAAUCUGCCCAUUCAACUUUUAUUCUGCCCAUUGUGUGUGUAUAUACAAAUCUGUGUUUGCUACCUAUUCUCAGAACAUGCAGUAUACUCUUUGAAUGGUGACUGGUGCAGAGUCAGUUAUUGCCCUGGUAUAAAACACUGCCCUGCAUGGCAGGAAAGAAAUGGUUUCAGAUUGUCCCAGAAAGAUUAAAAGAUUAAAUUUACUUUCCAUUCAUUAUUGGGCCCAUUUAUGUUGACUAAACUUGUUUGUUGGUACACAACAUUGGCAUGUGUUUCACAAGUUAAUUGAUCUCUCUCUCUCUCUAUAUUAGGGAUGCACCGAAUCCACUAUCUUGGAUUCGGCCGAAUCCUCGAAUCCUUCU